UCUCUCUCUCACACACACACACAUCGGCAUCGCCAUUACUUUACACUUGAAGAUGAAGCCUUAGAACAGUUUGCCUCACCUCGCAACUAACCCUUCACAUGAUUCUUCCCCUCUUUUUUCUUCUCUCUCUUUACCCUUUUUCCCUCUCUGCAACUCUGAAAAUCAGAGCCCUCAACUUUUUAUUGGCUCUAAUUUGUAUGCCCGUCAAUGUCAGAAAGACACCUCCACAUUAAUAAUAGGGUACGUUCAAAUUCUCGCCCGGUGUCUCUCUUUUCUGAAAGCCCCUUCUUUUUUGACUGAUUUUUUUUGUUUUGGUUUUUUCGAAAAAAGGAGCAAUCUUUGAAGUUUAAACAGCUGUUUGUGUAGUUUUUUUGUCUUUAGAUCUGUUGAAUUUUCAUGGGUUCUUUUUAUUUCGAUGUAAUUAAUGGGAUUUGAUAUGUUCUGAGUUUCCAUUUUGGCAUUCAAUACACAUUAUUGCUCCGCGAGUGAUUCUUGGAAUACUUUGAACAACAUUAGAAUUACUGUUACCAAAAAAAGAGAAGGGUUUAAUUAUUUGAGAAAUGCCAAGGAAUAUUCCAAAUUCGGAUGGAAAAAUUGGAGCAAGAAAAAGCAGAGUGAGGAAAAGGGUUUCCUCAUCAUCAUCUUCCUCGGCAUUACAUCAAAGCUGUCGAUUAAAACGAGCUUUUUUGGUGGGGAAAAAGGCGGGAUCAAGCACGCCAGUGCCAAGAUGGAAAACGAUGGGCUCGAAAUUACCUUCAACGGAAAAUGAUGUGCCAGUCGAGCAUUCAAUGGCGGCGAAUAACGGCCAAAUUGCUAAGGGAUCAUCAACGGUCUCGGCCAGGAAACUGGCCGCCGCUCUUUGGGAGAUUGAUGGUUUGAGUGAAGUAGGAAUUUUUAGAAAAUAUAAGGAUUUUGAGUGUUCUAAAUUGGGAUCAAAGGCUCUUGUUUUGUCUGAUCUAUCAAGUAGUCAUGUUUCUGAGAUGAUGGAUUUAUCAAAAGCAGGCAGCCAUAGAAGAGGAACAUCAUCAGCAAGUUCUCAGAAAACUGUGCAUACUGAUUGUGAUUUGGGCAGUGGCAAGUCUAUCCAUGAUUGCUUGGUGGAGAUCGAUCAUGCACAGAAUCCGGCUCGAAGCCCAUCUAAAGGGUCAAAGAACCAUCUCAAGGAUGUCUAUAAUGGCCUCGUGACCUCCAAAGAAUUACUCAAAGUGAUGGCUCGGAUUUCAAGUCACGACACAACAAGCAUUUCCCUUUUCUCGGCCCUCAAAUUCGAGCUCGAUCGAGCCUGCGCCCACGUCGCCAAAUUAAUCCAGGAACAAAACCAAAACCGAAAAACCGAAAUCGAAACCCUAUUCAAACACUUUCAAGAAGAAAAAGCCCUCUUGAAAUCGAGACAUCACGACAAAAUCCGUCACGCGAUUUCUUCCGCAAAAAUCGAGCUCGAAAAAGAAAAGAAGCUGAGACAACAAACCGAAAGACUCAACAAGAAACUCGGGAAAGAAUUGUUCGAAACCAAAGAGUUGCUCUCUAAAGCGGAAAAGGACCUCGGGUGCGAAAAACGGGCCCGCGAGAUACUCGAGCAGGUGUGUGAUGAGCUGGCACGCGGCGUAGGUGAGGACAAGGCGGAAGUCGAGGAAAUAAAGAGGCAAUCAGCAAAAGUUUGCGAAGAAAUUGAAAAAGAGCGGGAAAUGCUUCAAGUGGCGGAUAGUUUGCGCGAGGAAAGAGUUCAGAUGAAGCUCUUGGAGGCUAAGUAUCAAUUCGAGGAGAAAAACGCGAUAGUUGACGAGUUGAGGCACGAGCUCGAAUCGUAUUUGAAGUCGAAAAAAGGCGAAGAGGAGAGAGAAACGGGCUGCGGGUCCCCAAGCUAUGAUAAAAUUCGCGAGCUGCAGAAAUAUUUACACGAGACUUUGCCGUGCACGUACAAAUACGAAGAUAAAGGGAAAGAUGAGGUUAAAAUAGUAAAUAAAUCCAAGAAUGAUGAUGAUGAAGAUGAAGAAGAUGAUGAUGAUAGUGAUGGUGAUGAUGAUAGUGAUCUUCACUCGAUCGAGCUAAAUGUUGAUGAUGUGAGCAAGAAUUUUAAAUGGGGCGAUGCCGUGAGAAAUCGAAGGAGUAGAAAAAUUAGAAAACCGGUUAGAGAAUGGGAAUUUUCGAGCUCGAGAGGAAAUGGAGAGGAUUUGGAUGAGAUCGAGAGGUACAACAUGAUUAAGGAUCUAAGGGACCAUAUUGUUUCGGGUUCUAAGAUGAGUUCGACUCAAAACACGGUGAGUCCGAGUCAGAACGAGUUGGGUCGAGAGGGGGUUGUUUGCUCAAAGGAUCAAAAUAGGGUUAUAUGCCAUGGCUAACAUUUUUUUUAUUCUUUUUAAUUUAUUUUAUUAAGCUUGCAUGAAGAGGAACUAUAUUGAUGGCUUAUCAUAUAUUUUAAGUUUAGAGCGUAAACAGAAUUUUGUUUUGUCUUAUAGUUUUACUUAAGAAGUUCAAAUUGUAUAAAUUAUGAUGAUGCUACAGCAAAGCAAUCAUGGAAAUUGUUACAAUAUCUAGUUAUGCCUAUUAAUUAUAUAGCAUUGAAAUUCAAAUGUUUGUUCUUUUA